AUGUUGAAGAGGACCGCAACGGGGACUUGGAUGCCCGCAUGGGUUCCAGAGUCCACAUUCACUCUUUCCUUUCUCUUACUUAUCUGUUCUAUCGUUCAAUCAGCUACCGGUGGGUAUGAUGGAUCCAUGCUCAACGGACUCAACAUUCUUCCAUCUUACACUGAUUAUUUCAACCUAAAUAAUGUGACAGCUGGACUGAAUACUGCUUCUGUCUCUAUCGGAGGAAUUCUCGGCCCUUUGGUCUCUGGUAUCAUCGCGGAUAAAUGGGGCCGUCGUCCAGCCAUCUUCUGGGGCUCGGUAGUGACACUUGUAGGCAUCGUCCUUCAGACCGCCGCUCAGAAUGUCGCCAUGUUUGUGGUGGCACGCAUUCUUCUUGGAUUUGGGUCUGCGAUCACAGGAAUCGCCGGUGGAGUGUAUCUCUCAGAAUCGUUCCCUAGUCGUUGGCGCGCCUGGGGAGUCGGAUUACUGAAUGACUUUUACUAUGUCGGAGCUCUUAUCGCCGCCGGUGUGACACUUGGGACUGGCCAGUGGCAGUCGACAUGGGCUUGGCGAGCUCCGUCGCUUUUUCAGGCAAUUUUCUCGAUUGGUUGUAUCUUGACCUUACCAUUCAUCCCUGAAUCCCCGCGAUGGCUUGUUCAUCAGGGAUACUACGACGAAGCUCGACUAGCCGUUGCACAGACAAAUGCAAAUGGAAAUCUCGCGGAUCCAGUCGUCAUCGUCAUGUUUAAGGAGAUUGUUGAUACCUUAAAAUGGGAAAAGGAGAACGGAAUGGCCAUGAGUCCCAUUGAGAUUUUCAAGACCCCUUCUGCACGGAAACGACUUCUGAUUGGAAUGUCUCCCGGUCCCUUCUCAUGCAUCGCCGGCAAUAUCAUCGCCUCAUAUUACUUUGGCUCCGAGCUUGAUACGGCAGGUAUCACAAAUACCAAUGACCAACUUAAGGCAAACGUGGUUUUGAAUGUGUGGUGCCUCGCGUGCUGUCUGAUCGGCACUCACCUAGCAGCCAAAUGGGGUCGCAAACCAACCGCGAUGCUCUCUCAAGUUUUACUGAGCGCAUGUCUGUUCAUCAUCGGUGGUCUCUCGAAGCUAUACGCAUCAAAUCCGGAUGGAGCUUCGAGCUCUCUGGUUUACGGAAAUGUAGCCGUGAUGUUCCUCUUCCAAGGAUUCUAUUCAUUGGCCUGGACACCACUUCUCUACCUCUAUCCUCCUGAGGUAAUGAAUUAUUCAAUUCGAGCUAAUGGACUUGCCUUCUCUUCGCUAGUUCUAAAUGCGUUUGCCCUCGUAUUUACUUUCAUUAUGCCCAUCGGUCUUGGGAAUAUUGGUUGGAAGAUGUACAUCAUCAACGCAUCCUGGGAUCUUAUCAUUCUCGGCUUGAUUGCAUAUUACUGGGUUGAAACGAAAGGGAAAACCCUGGAGGAGAUCGACGCCAUCUUUGAGGGAGAGAAACACUCUUCAGUACCAGACGUGGACAAAAUUCUACGAGGGGAAAAAGUCAUCGAUACGGAUGUUGUUGAGGAACAAAUUCAUGCAGAGCUGGGUCCGAGUCCUUUGUUCGCAACUCAAGUUGUUCUAUAA